AUGACCAGUUCAACAAACAAACUUGCAAGCAAAGAAGUUCCUAAGAGAACAUCUAAGUACAAGCAAUCGUCGUUGCUUGCAUUUUUUAACGCGAAGCCCGCGAAACAUGAACUGAGCAGAGUUCCAAGUAUAAAGUCUCCGGCCAUAAUCACUCCACAAAAUUCCUCUCCAGUGCGCGGCGAAGAAGCCAAGGAAGCGAAACCUGAGGCAUUGAUAGAUGACAAGGAGAACAAGGCUCCACGAGACGUGGCACUAACUGCGCCGGAAUCGCCACCAUUAUUUGAGCCUAGCACUCCAAGUUCUGUGAACCAUGGUUACAUGCCCGACGCUUCACAAUCGCCUGUAAUCAAAUCUAGACGUGCUAAGAAAGUAAGCUACAUUGAAGAUUCUGAUGAAGAAUCUGAUUUUGAGACCAGUGCUCCUACAACCAAACGGAGAAAGAUGGUUGCUGACGAUGAUGGAGACGAGGAGUUCAAACUUGAGAGCGAUAACGAGUCUGCAGACGAUGAUGAUAUUGUUCUUGAUACGGAAAACUUUGCAGACGAACUAAACGGUGAUGAUUUGCCUGCGGAAUCGGACGAAGAAGAUGGCUUUUUGGUGAAGGACAGAUCCAGGAAAAAUUCUCCGAAAAGUGCUGGUAUGGGAGCUAGUGCGUUGGCAUCUAAGUUCGGAUCUACUUCCUCAUAUGUUGCGGCUGAUACAAGUAAGGUGUCUACCCAAAGGGUAUUAAAAAAGCAGACACCACAAUCCAGAUUUGCAAAAGAAAAUGAGGAAAGAUAUCAGUGGCUUGUGCAGAUCAAGGACGCUGAUGGACGGAGCGAAUCCGAUCCUGAUUAUGAUCCCAGAACUCUAUACAUUCCUAAGUCUGCUUGGUCUAAAUUUACUGCAUUUGAAAAACAAUACUGGGAGAUCAAGAGUAAGAUGUGGGACUCCAUAGUUUUUUUUAAAAAGGGCAAAUUUUUCGAGCUCUACGAAAAGGAUGCAGACAUCGGACACCAGAAGUUUGAUCUUAAGUUGGCUGGUACUGGUCGGGCCAACAUGAGAUUAGCUGGAAUUCCGGAGAUGUCAUUUGAUUAUUGGGCUAAAAAGUUUAUCGAUGAAGGAUACAAAGUCGCGAAAGUUGACCAAAAAGAAUCUUUGCUUGCCAAAGAGAUUAGAGAGAAAAAUGCGAAUACGAAGGAUGAUAAAGUGAUCAAAAGAGAAUUGUCUUGUGUUCUGACCUGUGGGACUCUGACUGAUGAGGGAAUGCUGUCUGAUGAAAUGUCAAGGUAUUGCUUAUCGUUGAAGGAAGUCACGAAUAACGACAACAGCAAAACUUUUGGUGUAUGUUUUGUUGAUACCGCCACUGGAAGAAUCCAACUCACUCAAUUCGAAGAUGACAUGGACUGUAAUAAACUAGAAACACUGCUUGCACAGAUUCAACCAAUGGAGGUGCUGAUCGAGAAGUCUAGAGUCUCCCAAUUGGUGUUGAGAAUGCUCAAAUUCAACUCUCAACCACAUGCAACGUUUAAUUUUUUGAAGCCAGCAGAGGAGUUUUUGACCUUUGAGACCGCUUUUGAACAACUCACGAGAGGUAAGUAUUUCGAGGCCGAGGAUUUGGAUGAUCUUUCCAAUUAUCCAAAAAUCCUGGUGGAGUACCACGAUUCGAACAAAAAUGUUGGGUUCUCUGCAUUUGGAGCUCUCCUAUGGUAUCUCAAAUCACUCAAAUUAGAUGCCGCGGUGAUCUCUAUGGGAAACAUAGAACAAUACGAUCCAUACAAGACUAGCUUCUCUGAUAGUUGCAUGAGACUGGACGGUGUGACUCUUCAAAAUCUUGAGAUAUUUAGUAACUCCUUUGACCAGAGCGAUAAAGGCACUUUAUUCAAAACAUUGAAUCGUGCGGUGACUCCGUUUGGAAAGCGGACCUUUAAGAGCUGGGUGACGCAUCCUCUGAUGUCCAGAAAAGCCAUCGAAUCGAGACUCGAUUCCGUGGAGGUAAUAAUGAACGAUGGGGACCUCAAAUACCUUCUUGAGUCCAAACUGGGCAAGCUUCCUGAUCUGGAAAGAUUGUUGGCUAGGAUUCAUUCCGGAAAUCUGAAAGUCAAGGAUUUUGCUCGUUGCAUCACUGGUUUUGAAUGCAUUGUGAGUUUGGUCAAAAUACUGAAGUCCACUUACUCUGAAGGAACCCAAAGAUUAGGAGGCGAGCUGGGUAAGAUUUUGAAUUCUUUUCCGGCAGAAUUGCCAGAAUAUGUUUCUCAUUGGUACAAUGCCUUUGACAGGGAUCUAGCUGUUAAAGAUGGAAUCUUGGUUCCAGAACUCGGUGUGGAGCCUGAAUUUGACGAAAGCAACCAAAAGAUCAAAGAGCUAGAGAAAGAGCUAGGGAGGACGUUAAGCCAGUACAGACGCGAAUUCAAAUGCCAGGAGAUGUGCUACAAGGAUAGCGGAAAGGAAAUAUAUUUGAUUGAAGUUCCUUCGAAAGCCGUUUCGCGAAUUCCUAAGGAUUGGCAGCAGAUGGCAGCCACCUCCAAAUGUAAGAGAUACUGGUCCCCGGAAGUGAAAAAGCUGGUGAGAAAAUUGAUGGAGGCCAGAGAAUUACACAAAAUUAUUGGUGAAUCGUUACAAGCUAGAAUGUACCGCAAGUUCAUCGGUGAUUACCCGAUUUGGUCGUCUUCCAUUAAGGCUGUGGCACAGCUGGAUUGUAUAUUGUCUCUGGCGCGUGCUUCUGAAUCUCUUGGGACGCCUGCCUGCAGACCAGAGUUUAUUGACAGUGAGUCUGCACAGCUCGAAUUCCAGGAACUCAGACAUCCAUGCUUUAUUCCAGGUGGCAUCACCGGAACUAAGGACUUUAUUCCGAAUGACAUUUCCCUAGGAGUCGACCAGAAAGACCAUAUCGGUCUGCUUACGGGUGCCAAUGCCGCCGGAAAGUCGACAGUCCUAAGAAUGACGUGUGUAGCCACCAUUAUGGCCCAAAUUGGAUGCUUUGUCCCUGCUAAGUCCGCCAAAUUGACCCCAGUCGACGCAGUAAUGACACGGCUCGGUGCCAACGAUAAUAUCAUGCAGGGUAAAUCGACAUUCUACGUCGAACUGUCGGAAACCAAAAAGAUCCUGGAGUCAUGCACACCACGUUCGCUUAUAAUUCUCGAUGAAUUGGGACGCGGAGGAUCGUCCAGUGACGGAUUUGCUAUUGCAGAGGCUGUUUUGCACCACAUCGCCACGCACGUCCAGUCGAUAGGCUUCUUCGCCACCCAUUAUGCAACCUUGGGUAACUCUUUCAUCAACCAUCCGCGAGUCAAACCUCUUCGGAUGGGAAUCAUAGUGGAUGACAACUCGAAAAAUAUCACUUUCCUCUAUAAACUGGAGUCUGGGCGUUCCAGCGGGUCCUUUGGUAUGCAUGUUGCAGCUAUGUGCGGCGUCCCAAGGAGCAUUGUUGAUAAUGCAGAACAGGCAGCCGAAAAAUGGGAGCAUACAUCCAAGCUCAAGAAACUCAAUGUGGAGGCGGACACGAUUCCUCUAGGUCUCCAGAGCGAUGUAAGUUGGAUCUUGAACUCCAAGUCUGUGCGGCAGGACACAAUUGCCACCUACACGGACGAAAUGAAGCUCAACGCGCUGUCUAGCAUGUUCCACAUGAUCGAGAACCUAUAG